CCCUCCUCCACUCCUCUUCAUCCAUUCACAGAGGAAGCUCGGAGCGGACCAUCUCCUCCUCCCUGAAUGGACUUUUGGAGCCAGAGCUGACUUUUUGCUGCUUCUGCUGCUGCGGAUGGGAGCUGGAGACCACAUCUGACCUUCUGUUGCUGAUGAGAAAACUGAUCUCCAGUCAGUUUGCCAUGACCUUUUGCUGGACCAGCUGCUGUUUGCUGUGGUGAACAGCUGAUCGGAGAAGAACUUUGGUCUGUGAGGGAGACUUUGAGUUUGUGAAGGACUCAGAAGGUGCAGUGGCUCACUCAGGCAGGAGCGUGGAAGGGUUCUCUCCCUGGACCACCAUGAGUUCAGAGGUACGUGACCUGAACUCCCUGCUGCCCCCGCUCCCAGCAGGCCCCAGUCCCGGCUGCCCGGCACUGCCCGUCACCACGGCCCCUCAGUGGACUCCCGUCCUGGACUUCCACCCCUCCGCCUCUCCUUACUCCUCGCUGGCUGCUCCCCACACCUCCCUGGGGCCUCACUCCUUCAUCAAACAGGAGCCCAGCUGGGGAAGCACAGGAGACCCCCACCUCCACGACACAGACCCUCACUGUGGCCUCAGCGCCUUCACCGUGCACUUCUCGGGGCAGUUCACCGGCACCGGUGCCUGCAGGUACGGGGCAGCGUUUGGGGCACCCCCUCCUACACCCACAGCUUCCAGCCAGCCUCCAUCAGUGGCUGCUCCCCACCACCACCAGCCCCCCAGCAGGAUGUUCAGCAACCCGUCGUACCUGGGCAGCUGCAUGGACACGCAGCCGGUGGCCCGGAACCAGACAGGCUACAGCACGGUUGCAUUCGAUGGAGCCGGUAAUUACGGCCACCCUCCUACACACCACAGCUCCCAGUUCUCCAGCCACUCCUUCAAACACGAAGACGCGCUCGCCCAGCAGAGCACGAUGGCUGAGCAGCAGUAUCCCGUUCCUCCUCCGGUUUAUGGAUGCCACACUCCUUCAGACGGCUGCACCAGCAGCCAGGCUCUGCUGCUGAGGAACCCCUACAACAACGGUGACAAUUUAUAUCAAAUGACCUCUCAGUUGGAGUGUGUGGCAUGGAAUCCUGUCAAUACUCUGGCAUCCACCAUAAAGAGCCAUGCAGCGGGCUACGACAGUGACCCCAGCACCCCGAUGGUGUACAGCUGCAGCACACAGUACCGCAUACACACUCAUGGAGUCUUCAGGGGCAUUCAGGACGUGCGACGGGUUCCCAGCAUCACCCCGGCCAUCGUUCGAUCAGAGGGCAGUGAAAAGCGUCCGUUCAUGUGCGCUUACCCAGGAUGCAACAAGCGCUACUUCAAACUGUCUCACCUGCAGAUGCACGGCCGCAAGCACACAGGGGAAAAGCCCUACCAGUGUGAGUUCACAGACUGCGGCCGCAGAUUUUCUCGCUCCGACCAACUGAAGAGACACCAGAGGAGACACACAGGAGUUAGACCAUUCGAAUGCGAGACGUGUCAGAGAAAGUUCUCUCGGUCUGACCACCUUAAGACACACACACGGACUCAUACAGGUAAAACAAGUGAGAAGCCGUUUAACUGUCGGUGGCCGAACUGUCAGAAGAAGUUUGCCCGAAGCGAUGAGCUGGUGCGACACCACAACAUGCACCAGAGGAACCUCACCAAGCUGCAGCUUUCCAUCUGAGACCAGUUACACACAUUUUAUCUGUCUGUGCUUUAAUGUUUGGUCAACAGACUCCAAAGAGUCCAGUUCAGUUCUGAUAUGAAAGCCGAAUCACCCGAAGUUUCUGCAAACCGGUUUGACGUUUUACACCCUCUAGCGUGGAAAAGGCGUCUUUUAGCGUGGGCUCUGUGGGUUAUCAGCCGCUCAGGGUGUGAAUAUGUGGAGGCUGGAAUCAGAAACAAGAAUAAAAGUUUCCUGUUUGAAUCCUGAGAGAAAGAUCCCAGCAGGAACAUCUGGAGUACCGUAAUAUACAUGUAUACACACUAGUAUUCCAAAUCGAGUGCCCCAUUCCCAAAAAACUACAUCAAAUUACAUUAAAUGUUCCAAAAAUAGACAACUCUGUUUUCUUAAUCCAUAAUGAAACCACUUGACAGUCAUUUGAAAAGCUCAAAACGAACUUUUAAUGUACAUUAAAUCGUGUGUGCACCAAUUUAGUUGAUUAUUAUCUCUGUGGUCAUUCUGCUGUAGCUUAUAAAGUAAAAAGAAUAUUUUUUCCCCCAAGCACAUCUCUAUCAUGAUUCUGAAAUAUUUAGCAAAUACUCUCAGUUCUGCACCUGGGUGACAAGUGUGCAAGAUUUUAAACUUUACAGAAGUCACAAUGACGCACCAGAGUCUGCUGCUGCAGAAGAUGUAGGUGCAGUAGUAGAAAAACCAUGUUUCAUUUUCAAAAUGGCCUCUUUGCUCAUGUUUGCUCCUGUUUGGAACCAAAUUCCUGCUUGGAAAAGAUCCCGGUUUACUCUGAAAGUGGCUCCUUCACCGUCCUGCAAGCUAAAAGAAAAUGUAAAACUUGCUCACAUCUUGGGUUUGCAGAAACGUUGAUUUCUAGAAGGCUGAUUUUAAUAUUGCAGUUUGUAGAAAACAACAGACGUUGUUUUGUUUUUUACUGAGGAGAGAUUUCAAGAAAAGACCAAAACCAACAAUUAAAAAAAAAAAACAAAUUUUCACCUGACUGAUGCUGAAUCAUCUGGUCAGGUGCCACAAGAGUUAAUCACACCUUAAAGUCAUUCUUAUCAUCUGAAUGAAACAUUUAGGAAGUGGAAAUGCGCAGGAAACCGUUUCUGUUUGCCACCUGCAGCAAACAUUCAGACAGCACUAACGUGUUUUACUUAGGAUGAUUCAAUCCAGUUCUAAUCCAAGUCUAAGCAUCAAAUUGGAGGUUUUUAGACAAAACUAUAAAUAAUAAUAAUAAUUAUUAUUAUUAUUAUAAAUUGUAAACUAAUGUGAUUUUAUGAAUUGUUCAAAUAAAAACAGCGUGUGUUUAUUUUUUCCAACAAACAGAAAAAAAAGCUCUGGGUCUAAUAACCCUGAAGAUAAUCUCAUUUAUCUCUAAAUAAACACGAUUUUCUUUUAGGCGUGACCGACCGCAACAGCGGCUCAAAGUGAUUAGACACAGCAGAUUUUAGCUGGUAGCACUCCUUGCAGAAGGUUGCCGGUUCAAAUCCAGGCAGCGGCCUUUCUGUGUAGAGUUGAGUAGUUCUUCGAGUGGCUUUUUCUCUGAGUGCUCUGGUUUUCCUCCACAAACAAAAUACCACCUUAACUUAACCGGAGGCGAAUGGUGUGAGGGUGUGGCUGCUGUUCUGUCUCUGUGUGUCCUUGCGUUGGACCGGAGACCCGUCCAGGGUGUCCCCUGCCUCUCACCUGAUGACUGAAAUAGGCACCAGGUCCUCGUGACCCCGCCGAGGAACCGUGGUCUGGAACCCCCCCCCCCCCCCCCCCCCCCCCCCCAAGACUGCAGGGGGUCCCCACUAUUAUUGUCUGAGAUUGUGAGUUUACGAAGAUUAUAUUUCUAAAAUUGACAUUUCUAAAAUCCUAAUAACACACCCGACAGUAUAAUCAAGACUCUGUGUGUCUGUUUAAAGUUUGUAAUUAAUCACAUCAGAUGUGUGUGUGUGUGUGUGUGUGUGUGUGUGUAUGGGGGGGGGGCUCUUGGACACAAGCAGUUGGGAACCACUGGUUUAGACGAUCGGUGACUGAGAUUUUUACAGUUUUACGCAGAAGCUCGAGCUGAUUGGCUAAGUCUAAUUUAGCUUUUUGGGGUCUUUUCUCGAGUUUCCUGGGCAGCAAAAAAAAAUCCAUGAAUUUGUCAUUUUCAGGUCAACCUGUAAACUUUCACUCACGGAAAAAAUUUUCAAAACAGCAAAAGUGACUCUAAAUCAUGCCGUUGCUGACAUCAGCCAGCGUUGAGCUCCAACGUCAUCACCUGUCCGCAUCAGCACCUUUUCAUCUGAUGUAAAUAUUUUUAAUGUGGAACUACUUUGGGGAAGGUUAUUUAUUAUCUCAGCCAUUACUUUCACUGGAAUAAUUUAAAAGGCAAAGAGAUAUGAUUCUGUUUCUGUGAUCUUUGCCUUUCUUUUACAUUUUCAGCUAUGCUUUUAUUCUGAAAAAUGGAGCUGGGGAGCUCCGUGUACAAAGCAAACCUGAAAAGCUUUUAGGGUUCUUAAAGAAGCUGUGUCUUUUAGUUUUUAUUGGUCGUGAGUGUCUUUGUUGUGUGUAAAUAUUGCUGAUCUGUUGUUUUUAAGCUUCAGCGUCUCUGCGGGGUCACGGCUCUGCAGCUGCGCUCAAGAUGUAAAUAAUAUCUCAUCACCAUGGAAACUCAACUCCCUCCAUGGAGAAUCAUGGAAUUUAAUUGAUAUAUUUGAGUCUUUUUUCUGUUUUCAUAUUUCUUUUUUAAUUUUCUCCGAUGUGUUUGAAUAUUUGAGCUACAAAACAACGACAUCAGUGACACGUUUCGCACUUAAAGUGUGAGAAAUGUUGGUUUUAUUCUGUUUAUGUGACUGUUUUACAGUAAAAAGCUCCUCUUUGCA